AUGCGUGCAGGGCAACAGCGCGGAGCAGAGCAGGGGCAGCAACAGGCGGCAACGGGCAGCACAGGCUCGGGCAGCAACGGUCGGCAACGGGCAGCACACGCGCGGGCAGCAACGGGCGGCGACGGGCAGCACAAGCACAGGCAGCAACGGGCGGCAACAGGCAGCACAGGCACGGGCAGCAACGGGCGGCAACGGGCAGCACAGGCACGGGCAGCAACGGGCGGCAACGGGCAGCACAGGCACGGGCAGCAACAGGCGGCAACGGGCAGCACAGGCACAGGCAGCAACGGGCGGCAACAGGCAGCACAGGCACGGGCAGCAACGGGUGGCAACGGGCAGCACAGGCACGGGCAGCAACAGGCAGCAACGGGCAGCACAGGCACAGGCAGCAACAGGCGGCAACAGGCAGCACAGGCACGGGCAGCAACGGGCGGCAACGGGCAGCACAGGCACGGGCAGCAACGGGCGGCAACGGGCAGCACAGGCACGGGCAGCAACGGGCGGCAACGGGCAGCACAGGCACGGGCAGCAACAGGCGGCAACGGGCAGCACAGGCACGGGCAGCAACGGGCAGCAACGGGCAGCACAGGCACGGGCAGCAACGGGCGGCAACAGGCAGCACAGGCACGGGCAGCAACGGGCGGCAACAGGCAGCACAGGCACGGGCAGCAACGGGCGGCAACGGGCAGCACAGGCACGGGCAGCAACGGGCGGCACGGGCAGCACAGGCACGGGCAGCAACGGGCGGCAACAGGCGCACAGGCACGGGCAGCAACGGGCGGCAACGGGAAGCACAGGCACGGGCAGCAACGGGCGGCAACGGGCAGCACAGGCACGGGCAGCAACAGGCGGCAACGGGCAGCACAGGCACAGGCAGCAACGGGCAGCAACAGGCAGCACAGGCACGGGCAGCAACGGACGGCAACGGGCAGCACAUGCACGGGCAGCAACGGGCGGCAACGGGCAGCACAGGCACAGGCAGCAACGGGCGGCAACAGGCAGCACAGGCACGGGCAGCAACAGGCGGCAACUGGCAGCACAGGCACGGGCAGCAACAGGCAGCACAGGGAGGCAGCCGUACUGAGGGCGGCUGCUGAGGUCCAGGGGCGGCUUCACCAGGGGCAGCUGCUCUAG